CACACUUGUUGUACGCCUCAGGAUUCCUCUUAUCCACCGCGCGUGGCCCAGCUGACACCGCUGUGCGUUGGCGCCUCUCCGUCACUAUACAAACUGAGCCACUGCUCUCGCCUCGCCUCACCUCACCUUCUCUCUUUCCACGACGGGAAGACGUAGUUCGAAGGUGUGCUCAUAGCAGUCAUCUGGGCAUAAUCAUCCUUCCAUCGCAAGAAAUUCACUGGAAAGAAAAUGGACUUCGUCUAUGGACCUGGGAGGAACCACCUCUUUGUUCCAGGACCAGUUAAUAUUCCUGAGCCAGUGAUACGUGCAAUGAACAGGAAUAAUGAGGAUUAUCGCUCACCUGCAGUGCCUGCAUUAACAAAGACUCUUCUAGAGGAUGUUAAGAAGAUCUUCAAGACGACUAUUGGAACACCAUUCAUUAUCCCAACAACAGGUACUGGGGCUUGGGAGAGUGCACUUACUAAUACUUUAUCACCUGGUGAUAAGAUUGUGACUUUUCUCAUUGGACAAUUUAGUCUUCUCUGGAUCGAUCAACAAAAGCGCCUUAAUUUCGAUGUCGAUGUUAUUGAGAGUGAUUGGGGACAAGGUGCCAAUCUUGACGUAUUGGCUUCUAAACUGCAAACUGAUUGGUCUCACUCAAUCAAGGCUGUGUGCAUUGUUCACAAUGAGACAGCAACCGGCGUUACCAACAAUUUGGCAUUCGUAAGGAAAUUGCUUGAUGAGUACAGGCAUCCUGCACUGCUCCUUGUUGAUGGAGUCUCAUCGAUAUGUGCUCUCGACUUCCGCAUGGAUGAGUGGGGAGUUGAUGUCGCUUUGACUGGAUCACAGAAGGCUCUUUCAAUGCCUACUGGGAUGGGAAUUCUGUGUGCCAGUCCUAAAGCUCUCGAAGCCACUAAGACUGCUAAGUCUCUUAGAGUUUUCUUUGACUGGAAUGACUACAUAAAGUUCUACAAACUGGGAACUUAUUGGCCCUACACACCUUCCAUCCAACUGCUAUAUGGACUUAGAGCUUCCCUUGAUCUCAUAUUCGAAGAGGGUCUUGACAAUGUGAUAGCCCGGCACAACCGGCUCGGAAAAGCAACAAGACUUGCUGUUGAGGCUUGGGGCUUGAAGAACUGCACACAGAAGCAAGAGUGGUUCAGUGAUACUGUCACUGCUGUGGUAGUUCCUUCUUACAUUAACAGUUCGGAUAUCGUGAAGAGAGCUUGGGAGAGAUACAACUUAAGCUUAGGAUUGGGCCUCAACAAAGUAGCUGGCAAAGUGUUCAGGAUAGGGCAUUUGGGCAACCUUAACGAUAUUCAAUUGCUGGGUUGUCUGAGUGGUGUGGAAAUGGUACUCAGAGAUGUAGGCUACCCAGUCAAGCUAGGAAGUGGAGUUGGUGCAGCAGCUGCUUAUCUUCAGAACACUAUUCCCAUGAUACCUUCUCGGAUAUAAGAACAAUAAGAAGUCGAAUACUUAAUGAACUCCUGAAUUCUCAAAGUAGAUGUAUAUUUGUGAAUUACUAUCUCUGUAUCAAUUAAACUUAUGUUGAAAGUAAUAUUGACACAAAUGAAAGAGCAGUAUCGUUGUU